AUGAAUAUUGCAAUUUACUCAAUAAUUAAAGAUUGUGUCCAACCAGUUCUUUCCGGUGUUGCCAUCGGGGCUGGACAGCAGAGCAGAGUAGCAUACGUUAACAUAGGAUCAUAUUACAUAGUAGGAAUCCCUGUUGGAGUUGUGCUUGGUUAUAUUAUCAGACUACAUGUUGAAGGUGUUUGGAUUGGAAUGUUAAUUGGCACGCUCCUCCAAACUAUCACACUCUUAAUAUUAACUUCCAGAACUAAUUGGGAUGACCAGGUAUCCAUUGCUCGUAGACGAGUUGAUAGAUGGUUUGUGGAAGCUGAAACUGAUACAAAUUUGCCGUCAACUGUCCAAUGA